AUGGGGUUUCCUUACAAAUUCACAAAAUGGGUAAUGGAAUGCAUUUCAUCAGUUACAUAUUCUCUAAACAUAAAUGGUGGACUCACAACACCUUUCAAAGGCAAGAGGGGCAUAAGGCAAGGAGACCCAAUGUCUCCUUAUCUCUUUGUCCUGGCCAUGGAGUAUUUGCAAAGGGAGUUCAUGCAAUUGCCAAAGAUGAAAGACUUCAAAUUCCAUCCUAGGUGCAAGAAAUUGGGUGUGGUACAUGUCUGUUUUGCGGAUGACUUGCUAAUGUUUUGUAAGGCUGAUAUACAAUCUGUCAGGCUAUUAAAACAGGUUUUUCAUAAAUUCUAUAUGGUAUCAGGUCUUCAAGCAAAUGUUGACAAGAGUUCUGUCUAUAUAGCUGGAGUUUCAAUUUGA